CGUCCCGCGAAAGCAACCGCUGCUUCCUUCCCUUCUCCGCUACGCCCCAACUUCCACAUCGACCCAGCAAAUUAUAGCCAUCACUUUUCUUCCUUCAUUUCAAUAGCAGAUUGGGGAAGAAAAGAGGGUGAAUUUCAAGGAAAUCAUUCUGUUUCAAGCUCGAUCGAAGGCAUCUUUGAAAUCCAAAUUGUUCCUCGGGGACAGAGAAAAGAAUUGCCAAGUGGCAAGAAGGAAGGAGUCUGAGGGAUUAAUCUCAAGAUGUUUGCAGAGUAUAUUACCAAACUUCUUCUGGUGUUCUUUGGGUAUGCUUAUCCAGCUUUCGAAUGCUUCAAGACAUUGGAGCAGCCCCAUGGCAACUACACAGUUCAGCUUCGAUUCUGGUGCCAAUACUGGAUAAUCGUGGCGAUACUCACCGUCGUCGAAAUGCUCUUGGAAGUCCUAGUCUCAUUGAUACCGAUGUAUGGCGAAGCCAAGGUAGCCUUCUUGGUCUACUUGUGGUACCCCAAAACUAAGGGAAGUGAUCUAGUUUACGAAACCUUCCUUCGACCCGUGGUGAUGCAGUAUGAGCCCAACAUCGAGGAGAGGUUCAGAAACCUGAGGCCUAAACUCGGCCAACUCCUUGUCUUCUAUCUCAGGAAUUUUACAGAGAGAGGCUACACUCUGUUCCAGGAUGUCCUCCAGUACGUAGUUUCCCGGAGAUCAGGCAACGAGAAGAUUAAAGGCUCAUCAUCGAAGAAUAAGAAACACGAUGAACUGGAGGACUUCGCAGAAGCCCUUCUUGGCACAAACGCGAAGCAGCGCCCGUCUCGACAACGCAAAUAAGGCUACAGAAUCCCCAUCGAUUCAAUUGGCAGGGAUAGAAAAAAAGACAAAGAUACAGCCGGACAUAUUAAAAUUGGGAGGGGAAGGAACUCUGUACAAAUCAAACUGUUGUGUGUGCUUUUGAUUUGUGGCUUCUUUUUCAUUGUUUUGUGAUAAAAGAGUACUCAGCAUUUGAUGUGAAUGACGAGCAAGCUGCGGGAUUCUAACGGGAAAAAUGAAUGCCAAAGGGACUGCCACAGUCCUCCGAAGAAGCGGAGGCAGUCAGAGAGGUGCUCGCCGCAGGAGUCGUCGGAGGUGAGGAGGAUCCCACGGCGGCGGUGGCUGGAGGCGGCCGUGGGCGUCGGCUGCAGGUACGCCUGCGCCGCCUGCUGCACCAGGCGGUUCUUUAUACGGAUCUCGCCGCCGGGGGUGGCGACAGGGGAUGAGAGCCCUGGCGCCGGCGGCGGAACCCCCAUGACGUCGCGAAGGCUUGUGUACUCGCCUUCAACCUUGGUCGACUGCGGCGGGGCUGCGGCGAGGGGCGCGAGGUCGAGCAGAGCCGGGACGGGCUUCCCGCGCCGCCGGAUUAAGAGGCUCGCCGAGGAAACAGGCGAGGGGCUCUUAACGCCGGCGGCGGUCGACAUCGCUUCGGGAAUUAACUAACGAAUGAGGAGAAGAAUGAGGGGGGAGAAUGAUUUAUAGAACAUGAAGUGAAGAGGAUAAAAAUAAUUCUAAAAAUAAUUAUGCAACUUUUUAGCCGCUCUGUAUCCUAAUUUGAAGGAGACGAGGGCUAUGUUUAGUAAUGCUAUACUUAACUAAAUGUAAGUUUAAUAUUUGCCAA